ACAAUCAUGGACUUGGACCUUCUUUAUCUAUAAUAUACAUAAUAAGACUGACUAUCAGGAUUUAGUGUUUUACUCAUUUGUUUAUUUUGUUUGUUUGUUUGUUCCCCCUUUUAAUGAUUUAAAUAACAUUUACAGUUAAAUCUAAGCCUAUGACUUAAGAAAAGUUUAAUUCAUUGUCCUAUCCUUUACCCCUCCCUACGAAUGGUGGCUGUGGCUUACAAUAAUUAUUUAACAAGCAUGUAGGCUACGCUUACAAGAAUGAUAUCACAGAUGUGAUAGGAAAUGGCCACAUAACCAUGCAGUUAAUUAGUAAUAAGAUCCUACUGCUCUACUUGGUAGUAAAGGUUUUACAACGACACAUUUUUCACUCAUUUGAAGAGGAAGCACAAUGAUGAAUAUUGAUGACAUAGAGUUAAAAAAUGUCAGUCAAAGUACUGGAAAUGGAGUGGAUAAUCUGGGAUUUGAGGACAAGGAGGAAACUACAUCAGAUCACAACUUUCAGAUAGCAGAGAAAGAAUCAGAAAAAGAGUCCAAAUCAUUUAUAAGCAAUAUAUUCAAACCCAUCAAGGCUAUUGAAAACUUCUUGAAAACUCACUCUCGAAUCUUCAAAUACAUUGUCCUGGGGAUACUUAGUGCAGGCUAUGUGGCAUAUUUUGUUGCUGCCUGCUGGUUGAACUUCCAGAGAGCCAUUGCUCUUGUUGUCCUGACCAGUGUGGCAGUGUUUUUUGCACUGUAUGAUUUUGUGAAAAGGACCAAGGGAGACACUAUAAAGCACUUCUUAAAGCCUGCCGUUGGAUGUUUUCAAACCAACAUCAGGUGGAUAAAAUGGGUUUUUAUAUUAGUGGUGGUAGGAUUGUUGGUGACUUGGUUGGUACUUGACACAAGGCAAAACCCUGAGCAGCUCAUUUCUUUUGGUGGUGUCUGUCUCUUUCUCCUCGGCUUGUUCAUCUUCUCUGCAAACAGAUAUAAAGUGUGCUGGAGGACAGUCUUCUGGGGGCUUGGUUUACAAUUUGUCAUGGGUCUGUUUGUCAUAAGAACUGAGCCUGGUUUCAAAGCUUUCGAAUGGCUGGGAGCACAAAUCCAGACGUUUUUAAACUACACCCAUGCUGGCUCAGUUUUUGUGUUUGGCGAUCUCGUAGAAUCAGGCAUCUUUGCCUUUCAGGCUUUGCCUAUUGUGGUAUUUUUCAGCAGUGUUAUGUCAGUGCUCUACUUCCUUGGUGUUAUGCAAUGGAUUAUCAUUAAGAUUUCCUGGAUUAUGCAGAUAACAAUGGGUACCUCUCCUACAGAAUCACUGUCUGUUACAGGGAAUAUAUUUGUUGGACAGACAGAAGCACCAUUGAUGAUUCGUCCCUAUUUAAAAGACAUGACCAAUUCUGAGAUCCAUGCUGUCAUUGUUGGAGGUUUUGCCACAAUUGCUGGCAGUGUGAUGGGAGCUUUCAUUUCAUUUGGGAUUGAUGCAUCCUCUUUAAUUGCUGCUUCUGUAAUGGCUGCACCAUGUGCAUUGGCCAUGUCCAAACUAUCAUAUCCUGAAACAGAAGAGAGCAAAUUUAAAUCUGAAGACAAUAUCAAAUUAGAAGGCGGUGGUGAGCAGAAUAUCCUGGAGGCUGCUUCUUCUGGAGCAUCUGCUUCUGUUGGGCUUGUGGCUAACAUAGCUGCCAACUUGAUUGGAUUUCUUGCCAUUUUAGCUUUUAUCAAUGCAACUUUGUGCUGGCUGGGAGGAAUGGUUGGAUAUCCAGACAUCACAUUUGAGCUCAUCUGCUCAUAUGUAUUCAUGCCUGUGGCCUUCAUGAUGGGCAUACCAUUUGAUGAGUCCUUCAUUGUGGCUGAACUUAUUGGGACAAAACUGUUCCUUAAUGAAUUCAUAGCUUAUCAGAAGCUGGCAGAACUGAAAAACAAUCGAUUAAAUGGCAGCACAGAAUUGGGAAAAUACAUUUCAGUCAGGUCAGAGAUCAUCAGCACCUAUGCUCUGUGUGGCUUUGCAAACUUCAGUUCAGUUGGAAUUGUGCUUGGAGGAAUGUCUUCCAUUUGUCCUUCAAGAAAAAGUGAUAUUUCUGCUUUAGUGCUAAGAGCCUUGCUCACAGGCACUUGUGUGUCCCUGAUUAAUGCUUCUGUUGCGGGCCUCCUUUCAUGUCCUCAACUAGAUUGUAUUGAUGUUUUUAAAAAUUUUGUCUUCAAUACCACUAAUACAAAAAUUCAAACUUGCUGUUAUGAUCUCUUUGGAAGUGCUGUGAAGAAUGAAACAAUGAUUUCUUUCGAGGGAUCUUGGACCAUGGUGAAAAAUGCAACUCUUUAUUUGGCAGAGUGCUGCCAUCUUUAUAAUCAUACUGUUUGCACUUAGGAAAAUGUUAAUUUUUAAAAAGUCCAAAGAUAAUUCUGAGGUUAUUCAAAAUUCUGCUUAUGUUUGGGAUCAUAUUCAAUAAAAACUAACAUAUAGAUAUCAAACAUCAUAUAUUGUUGUAUGGUAGUAGUUUAACUGUACUUUGUAUACUUUGUACUUUAUAAUUUAAAUAAUAACUAUUCAAUCAGAAUGAUUUUACAAUAAAGUGCGAGAGCUGACACUGAGUCAGAGAAACACUAUUAACUAUUUUAUUUCAUUAUUUUGUUAAUUUAAUCCUACUCCUGUCCACUCCCAAAUAAUUUUCUGAUAAACGUACCUACACUCUUAAAAAUUGUCCCGUUAAAAAACAGUAAGUUACUGGCAGCACAGUUGCCAGCAAGUUACUGUUAAAUUAACUGUCUUGCUGUUGUUGAAAUUUACGGUUGGUUACUGUUUUUGGAAAUACAGCAUAAAGCUGUUAUUUUCUACAUUAACAGUAAAUUACUGUCAAAAGCAUUAACAGUUAAUUAUUGUUUAUUUGCACUUUUUUUUUUUACUGUAAACUACAAAUGUUAUUAUAUUAAUUAAUGGUCUGCUAAAAAAAUUAUUUGUUUUUCUAGAUAUUUCUUUGAACAUGUUUUAAUACAAUUUACAAAUGUAUCCUUUAAAACAUUAAAUAUUUAACACAAUGCAGUGUAACUUCAAAACGUGCUUUAUUACACCUUUGAGAAACAUGACAAACAAAAGCCACUUUAAUCACAAAAUAUUCUGAAAAUUAGUGGCUGUGGCAAAGCAAGUGGAAUGACUAAAUAAACUUAAGCUUCAGAAUAAACAUGUUUAACUGAAUAAAAAAAAACAUUUAUAUAACAUUAGGAAAAACUAAAUGAGUGACGGAGAACUACUUAGGAAAUAGGAAUUACUGAUUGUUUAUUUUGAUUUUUUUGUUUGUUUGUUUUAAAUACUAAACUUUUACACAUGCAACCACCAACUGGCCUGCACUUCACCUAGCAUUAUCCUGUCAUCAUGCACAGUGUCAUCAGAUUUUAUAAACACACAUCAUGUGUGUUUUUUUCAGGGUCUUUAAUAUAUUUUUGAGAAUUACAGGAUACCUGAAAGUAUGUAUAACUAAGAAUAAGAAUUGUGGAAAAUAAAAACAGUUUCCAUCACACAAUCAGGAAAUAAAUAAGCUCUACUGAAAUGGUGGUCCAUAAUCAAUUCUUGAGGUAGAUGAGCUACAACAGCUAAAGACCACAUCGGGUUUCAUUCCUGUUCACCAAGAACAGAAAUCUAAGACUACAAUGGGCACAGGAUCAUAUAUUAUUGAUUCAGGAUUCUCAACACAUAAAUUAAAAAUGAUCAAAUAAUGUUAAAUCAUGAGAUGUAACACAUAUCUAACUCUAAGAUAUGUUUAAAUAAUAAAAGUCAGAUGCAGUGGUUUAAUCAGCAACAGUGGAAUAGUUCUGUGUUGAGUAAAAUGAGUUACCUGCACACAGCCCUGAAUUCAAACCCACUCAACACUUUUGGGAUGAAUUAGAAUUCUGACUUUUAGAAAAGUUUAGAAAAGAAUAUAGUCAGAAUAAUACAGAAUAUACAUUAUACAGUAAUAUACUGUAAUAUACAGUAAUACAGAAUAUUAGUCUGAAAGUGGAUCUGAUCAUCUCCUCUGCUGCUGUAUCAGACUCUGCUCUAUACUACUGUGCUCUGGUGUCCACAGUGACAGGAAAUCCUUAUUAUCUUAUUAAUUCUUAUUCUUUUAAUUUAAUGCACUUUAAUUCAAUUUAUUGAAUUAACACAAUUUAAUUCUUAUUCUUUUAUUAUUAAUUCUUAUUCUUAUUAAAAUUAAUAUCUUAAGAUAUUAUUUCAUCUUAUUAUUAUCUAUAAUCCUAAAUUAUCUCCUAAUAAUCCAACAUGUGUCAAAAAUAUAAACUCUUUAUAAAUCACAAGAGAAACAGAAAUCCCCAAAUUUGGCAUCUAAAUUCAAAACUAUCCUCAGAACUGCUUUCAAUAUAACAAAACAGUGCAGCUGGAUUUCCUGUCACUGUUGAAAGUAAUUGAAUGAAAAUAUUCAGAAAACAGUGCCAGUUUCUGUUGUUCCACAAGGAGGCAGAAUAAAACAAUAAACCCAGCCACUAAUAAACAUGUGCUGCUGUCACUCUGUAACCAUGUCUCUAUCAGGAAAUGUUCAAGAAACUCAACAUUGUAGAUUUUGUACCUAUGAUGUGGAUUUUUAUUUUUUGCCUAAUGAAUUUAUUUUUAGAUUGAAGAUAAAGCUUUCAGAUAAAAGCAAUAAAUGUAUUUAAUGCAUUUAAGUGCAAUGUUGGUAGUCACAUAAAUACACAAACAAGUACUUAAUUGUUUAAUUGUCUAAUCCACUUGACAUUGGACUUAUAUGGUCCAGAAAUGAAUUUGAGACCCCUGGCAGAAUAUUUAAAACCUUAUUACCUCAUUAGAUGAAUGAUAAAUGUCUUGUUCCACAUGUGAGACUGAAUGUAAUGUCAGGAUGCAGUAAGUCAAGAAUCUGUCAGUAAAACUGGUGACACUGUCAUAUGAUGCUGAGGGGUGGAGCUUCAUGAACCUCUGAAAUGUUAAUAUAAUAAAGUACAGAAAGACCUCAGAAUAUUGUCAUUUUGCUAACACCAUUCAUCAUGUUCACUGUUAUAUUCAUGUGUCUGUGGCUUUCAUUAGGUAAGUUAUCAUUGACCUUCUCAGAAAGGAAGUGUUACAUUAAUGAUUAAUUAGCCUUUAUGAUGUUAAAUGGAUGAAAAAGUAUAAUAUGAGUUAUAUAACUGAAAAAUAAAAAUGAUUAUGUUCUCUUCUCUAUGACAGGUGACUCCAUGGCAGAUCCAAUAGAGCCACUUUUCCCUCAUAAAGCUGUAGAUGAAGGUGAUGAUGUUACUCUGUCCUGCAGAUACAAAAACAGUGGUUCAGUAAAUAACCUACAAUGGUACAAACAACAUCCAAAAUCU